AUGCACGACGCGAACGACUCCGCCGAAGACGACUUCUACAGCGGCGGGGAGGCCGGUCUCGCCGCCAGCGACGACGGAGACGCCGACUACGACUUCGCGGACCACGACUCCGACGACUCCACGGAGCUUCUCUCCCACAGACAGCAGCAAAAUUACAGUAUAUUGAGUGAAGUUGAUAUAAAGCGGCGCCAAGAGGAUGACAUAAAUAGGGUUUCAACUGUUCUUUCAAUUUCCAAACCAGAAGCAUGUGUUCUUCUCCGCAACUAUAACUGGAGUGUUAGUAAGGUGCAUGACGAAUGGUUUGCUGAUGAAGAGCGUGUUCGGAAGGUUGUUGGUUUACCAGAGAAGCAUAUUGAAAUGCCAAAUGACAGAGAAGUAACAUGUGGAAUAUGUUUCGAAAGUUGCCCUCGUGGGUCCAUGAGUGCUGCUGCAUGUGGUCAUCCUUUCUGCGGUACAUGUUGGAGAGGUUACAUUAGCACUGCUAUAAGUGAUGGUCCAGGAUGCUUGAUGUUGAGGUGUCCUGAUCCGUCCUGUGCUGCUGCUGUUGGACAAGAUAUGAUAAAUUCAUUGGCUGAUGAUGAGGAUAAGGAAAAGUAUGGGCGAUAUCUUCGCAGAUCUUACAUUGAAGAUAAUAGAAAGACAAAAUGGUGUCCUGCACCUGGAUGCGAAUAUGCAGUGGAAUUCGUCAUGGGCAGUGGCAGCUAUGAUGUUAAUUGCAACUGUUUAUAUGGGUUUUGUUGGAAUUGCACCGAGGAAGCGCAUCGUCCAGUAGACUGUGCCACUGUUUCGAAGUGGAUCCUCAAGAACAGUGCCGAGUCGGAGAAUAUGAACUGGAUACUGGCUAAUUCAAAGCCUUGUCCCAAAUGCAAGCGUCCUAUUGAAAAAAAUCAGGGAUGCAUGCACAUCACAUGCACUCCACCAUGCAAAUUUGAGUUCUGCUGGCUAUGUCUUGGUCCAUGGUCAGAGCAUGGAGAGAGGACUGGUGGAUUUUAUGCUUGUAACCGCUAUGAGUCAGCAAGGCAAGAAGGAGCGUAUGAUGAAUCUGAAAGGAGAAGAGAAAUGGCAAAGAACUCCCUUGAGAGAUAUACACAUUAUUAUGAACGAUGGGCAGCCAAUCAGUCGUCGAGGCAAAAGGCACUGGGGGACCUUCAAAGCCUACAGAAUGACAAGCUUGAAAAGUUAAGUGACAUACAGAGUCAACCUGAGUCACAGCUGAAGUUCAUUAUAGAGGCAUGGUUACAGAUUGUCGAAUGCAGAAGGGUAUUGAAGUGGACUUAUGCCUAUGGAUUUUACCUGCCAGAGCAUGAGCAUGCCAAAAGACAGUUCUUUGAAUAUCUGCAAGGUGAGGCAGAAUCAGGUUUGGAGCGGCUACAUCAGUGUGCAGAGAAAGAACUUCAAAUAUACCUUGACGCAGAAUGUCCCUCGAAAGACUUUAAUGAUUUCCGUACAAAGUUGGCUGGAUUAACUAGUGUGACUCGCAAUUAUUUUGAAAAUCUUGUCCGGGCUCUGGAAACUGGAUUAAAUGAUGUAGGCCCUUCCACUAGCCAUGGCACAUGCAACAAAAGCGCAACUUCCAAGAGCCUUGGUGGUAAAAGUAAGAGUGGCAAGAACAGGGCAUCAAGCACCAGUUCCAAAUCUGGCGGCUCAAGCCGAGGUGUGGAUGAUAGUAAUAUCUGGACGUGCGAUCAGUGCACAUAUGCAAACCCCAGAUCUGCCAGAGCCUGCCAGGCUUGUGAUCGCCAGCAUCGAUAG